CCAAUCAACACAACACCAACCUAGCUUGAGCCAUUUCUACUUGACCAGAGCAGAGCAAAGUCUACACGUCCCCUCAACCUCGGCCCGGAGUCCCAACCACCACCGUACCGUCGCCCCGUCGCCCAGAUCUCGCCCGCGCGCGCGAUGGCCGCCGCCGUCCCCAUCCCGGCCCCGGCGCCCGCGGCCGACGACGAGAUCGUCUACGAGUCCAUGCCCUGCAUCCGCAUCUACAAGAACCGCGUCGAGCGCUACUUCGGCUCCGAGUUCGUCGCCGCCUCCGCCCACGCCGACGCCGCCACCGGGGUCGCCUCCCGCGACCGCGUCAUCUCCCCCGAGGUCUCCGCGCGCCUCUACCUCCCCCGCAUCGACCCCGCCAAGCCCGACAACGCCAAGCUCCCCGUCCUCGUCUACUACCACGGCGGCGGCUUCUGCCUCGGCUCCGCCUUCAACCCCACCUUCCACGCCUACUUCAACAACCUCGCCGCGCUCGCCGGCGUCCUCGUCGUCUCCGUCGAGUACCGCCUCGCGCCCGAGCACCCCGUCCCCGCCGCCUACGCCGACUCCUGGGACGCGCUCGCCUGGGUCGUCUCCCACGCCGCCCCCGCCGCCGCUGGCUUUGAGCCCUGGCUCGCCGACCACGCCGACUUCGCCCGCCUCUACCUCGGCGGCGAGAGCGCCGGCGCCAACAUCGCGCACCACGUGGCGAUGCGGGUGGGCGCGGAGGGGCUGCCCCACGGCGCCGCGAUCCACGGCCUCCUCAUGAUCCACCCCUACUUCCUCGGCACCGACAAGGUGGCCUCCGACGACCUGGACCCGGCGGCGCGGGAGAGCCUGGCCAGCCUGUGGCGCGUCAUGUGCCCGACCACCACCGGGGAGGACGACCCGCUCAUCAACCCGUUCGUGGACGGUGCGCCGGGGCUGGACGCCCUGGCGUGCCGGCGCGUGCUGGUGUGCAUCGGCGAGGGCGACGUGCUCCGCGACCGCGGCCGCGCCUACUACGACCGGCUCAGGGCGAGCGGGUGGAGCGGGGAGGCCGACAUUUGGCAGGCGCCGGGGAAGGGGCACACCUUCCACCUCCUCGAGCCCUGCUGCGAAGAGGCCGUCGCCCAGGACAAGGUCAUCGCCGAGUUCCUCAACAAUUGAUUGCAUCUCAUCACCAUGUAUACUCGGGAAAUCGGGAAAUAAGCGCAGCUUCAUCACUCAGUGGAUGGAUGCUGCUUUAACAUUUCGGGUUCAGGAUUCAGAUUUGUGUUGGUGUUGUUCACCCAUUGUUCAGAAUUCAGGUAUUGGGUUUACGGAUGGAAGGGAGUCGCCAUUGUUUGUGGCAAUGGGUGCUGUAUCAGAAUUGCUGGAGGAUAUAUGGUACAUUCAUAGUUUCAUACAGAGAUGAUAUUAGUAUACUUGUUGUAUUGGGUCCAAGGUUUACUUUGCGGUAUAUGUAUUUCGGGAGUUCAAAGUUCAGGAAUUCUUUCUCUUCGCUAAUUUAUUUAUAUAUGUACUACAAGUUUCU